AUGUCUGCAUCAGCUGCAGAAGACCUGUGUAAAGAGGUAGAGGAUCUGAGGAAGGAAAUACAGGAGCUGCGUGUCCAGCGUGAGUUUGGAUUACAGCGGUUUGCUGGCUCCGACACCGACAUCAGAUUCUAUACCAGAUUUCCAAGCUAUGACCAUUUGAUGGCAUUUUGGUUUUUGAUUGAGCCUUGCAUUUAUAAAAUGGUCAGGGUCUCAAGAGCCAAAUCAGCUGCCAAGAGGAAUGAAGAAGUGGUGACACCUGCACGUUCAUCAACAAGGCAGCUGCUCCAGCCAAUCGAUGAGUUCUUUCUUUUUCUCGUCUUCCUGUCGGUUGGUUUGAAGGAGAGGGACCUGGCACAUCGAUUCAACAUACACCAGUCCACAGUGAGCCGUAUUAUUGCAACAUGGACAAGUUUUCUUGCCACUGCACUGGGGUCUCAAUGCAUCUGGCUUACGCGUGCAGAAGUGCAGGCUUACCUCCCUGAGGAAUUUAAAGAUUUCCCAGACACCCAGGUCAUCCUAGACUGUACAGAGCUGAGAUGCCAAACACCAUCCUCACCACUACUCCAAAGUGAAAUGUACUCCUCAUACAAAUCCCACUGCACUAUGAAAGCCCUGGUUGGCAUAGCUCCACAUGGUGCAGUGACAUUCAUCUCUGAUCUGUAUGGUGGUUCGAUUAGUGAUAAGGAGCUAUUCAAGCAAUCAGGCAUCGCUGAGAAGUUGACCGAAGACAUGGCAGUGAUGGUUGAUAAGGGCUUUCUAAUCAGUGACUGCUGUAAGUGCAAAGUGUACUGUCCACCUUUCCUGUCUAAGCAGAAGCAGAUGCCAGCAUACCAGGUUAAGGAGACACAGGCCAUAGCCAGACUGAGAGUACAUGUGGAGCGAGUCAUUAGGAGGAUAAAACAGAACAAACGUUUUGAUGGCAUCAUCACCUUAUCACAUGUCUACAACAUCAACCAGCUGUUUGCAGUGGCAUGUAUGCUUUCAAAUUACCAGAAUACAGCUUUAGUUAAAAAAUGGGUUAAGUGAGCCACAAGACACCAGAAUGCAAUGCAAGGAGCUUAUUGUCACCAUCCUAAAAUUAAUUUUAUUUUUGCCUAAAUCAUCAAAUUUUUAAUAUUUGGUUCAGUUUUGUUUUUUGAAAAAAGUUACUUAGGCUAUUAUUUUAGGAGGGUGACUUUAUGGAAAUUGGCCUGCAGCUGAAGCCCCUACAGUCAGCUGACAAAAUCUGAUUACAGAACUUAUACUUGGAUGUUGAUAGUUGAGUUCUAGUUAUUGAUAGUUCUAAUUUUUUGCAGAUGUUGAAUAUUAAUACUAUAUUAUGCUACUGUGUUUCUAUACAUGUUCCAGAUUAUUUAAAAUCUUGUUAGUCUUUUUUUUUUACAUCAAACAUUUGUCAUUUUCUUCACUUGUGUAAGUUUAACUACAUCAGUAUGGGGUUGUUUGUCUUGAAUAUA